UUCAUUUCUCUGGCUCUCUUUCUUCAAUAAUUUCACCGAAGCUUCUCCUUUUUCACCCCUUAUUAUGGCUAUUACGUAAUUUCUGAAUCUCUAGCUCAGUGUGUGUAGUGUGUGUCCUUAACCGAGUGGGUUUUGCGGAGGAGUUUUUGUGUGAGAGAGAAACUUUUCCUUGACGAAUUUGGCAAUUUUUUUGGGAGGGGGAAAUGGACUCCGAUUCGUGGCCUCGGAUUUCAAGCUACUCUAGGCGUUAUCUAUCUCGACCAGCAGAUGUAUAUAAUGGAGAAGAGUUUGAAGGUGAAGAAGAGCAGAAGUCUGAGUUUCUCUGCCCGUUUUGCAGCGAGGAUUUUGAUGUGGUUGGGCUUUGUUGUCAUAUCGAUGAAGAGCACACCGUUGAAGCCAAGAAUGGGGUUUGUCCCAUUUGCGCGAAAAGGGUCGGAACAGAUCUGGUCCGCCAUCUCACUGUGCAGCAUGCGAGUCUACUAAAGAUGCAGCGUAGGAGAAGACUGAGGAAAGGUGCAUCUAAUUUCCCACUUUCCAUCUUCAAACGAGAGUUGAGGGAUGGAGGAAGCCUACACUCCCUUCUUGGUGGGUCUUCAAUCCCGGUUUCUUCCUCACACAUAGAACCCGACCCACUGUUAACCUCUUUCAUAUGCAAUCCACCCGAUGCUGAUGAGUCCUCAAGUGUCCGGCCUCUCUCAUCCGUUGAGGAGUGCACAAUGGUCGAUAACCACGCAGUGGACCCCUGCGACAGGAUGGCGCAAAAGUGCCCGAUGUCAGAUGAAGAUGCGAGGGAGAAUAGUCGAAGGUGCGAAUUUGUGAGGGGUGUUGUGAUGUCUACUUUUCUUGAUGAUUUAUGAGAUGGGGCUUUUGGAAAUGGAGAAGCAUUGUUGGAGAGUUGAAGAUGUGUGAGGAAAUAGAGCUAAGAUGUUGCUUUCCUCACCUACUCCUAGUAUGUGAAAACAUAUUUAUGUGCAUAAUAAAACUAGUGUAUGUAAUAUACAUCGUGGAUGUCUCUCUCUCCUUCUCUACUUUUCUAGUUUUAAAUUGUUAUUAAGAAACAUUUCCACUAUCAUGAAUAAGAGUAACAAUUACUAUA